AUGCUCCAACUUCGUAAAGAACAACUUCUGCAAGGGAAGGCUAAGAUUGGGAAGAUGUCUCGUGAUCUUCAAGUAAAAUAUGAGUUGCUUGAAUUAGCAAGUAAUACGUUUUCUUUGAUAGCUUAUCUAAAUUAUUUUUGUGGUACCACGGCUUGGGAUGCCGUUGGUCACCGCAAGGUACCUGCUGAGUGCAAUUUGGUUUCACCACCGAGGCUUCGUCCUCCAAUGGGCGUCAACAUUCGUUUCGUGGCUUCUGGUUGUGCGUCUUUCCAUUGUGUGGGCGCUGCUACACAUGGCGUCGUAAUGAGGCAUGUUAAGUUGCUAAAUGUGGCUAUUAUUUGUUUCUAUCAUAGUGCUGGUCCUUCCAUUUCUUCGUUUUUAUUGCAUUAUCAAUUAAGCAGAUUCACAACUGUAACAUGCGCAGAAGGGACAGCUUGGUCAUGGAGAUACAAUUCAGCGUGA